AUGGCCGAUAUCGAACAGAGCGGAAAAAGCUCGCUGUCCACUCGAGCCCAGGAGGAUGACAAGGGUUCGAAAGUAUCGCCUGCAGUUGGACAGGAGAACCUCGCUGCUGUGACCCCGCCACAUGAGUCCUAUGAGGGCCAUCACCGGUUUGAUCCCACCGCGACAUGGACCGAGGAUGAGGAGAGAAGGGUGAUCUGGAAGACGGACCUGAUGCUCAUGACCUGGCUCUGUUUGAUGUUCUUCGGUCUUCAGUUGGAUCGCGGCAAUCUGUCCAAUGCGUUGACAGACAACUUCUUGGAUGACCUUAACAUGACCACCGAUGACUAUAACAAUACGGGUGCUACCCACCCUGAUGCUGCUCUGGAGUUUGGUCUCCUGGACUCAGUCUUGGAUGACGAACCGAGCAUCCUUCUACGUGACCAGAGCGCUAAUUGGGGCCUUCGAGGGAGGCUUCAUUCCAGGCACAAUCUUGUUCGCGACAUACUUCUACAAGACAAAGGAGCUCUCCAUCCGACUGUCCUUUUUCUGGUCCACUUUGAAUAUCGCCCGUAUCAUUUCGUCUUUGUUGGCGGCUGGUAUCCUCGAGAUGAGGGGGACAAGGGGACACACUGGCUGGUUCUGGCUGUUCCUGAUCGACGGGCUCUUGACGUUCGUCAUCGGACUUUUCGCCUUGUUCUACCUCCCCAGUUCGCCGACAAGAACCAAGAGUGUCCUAUACCCCAAAGCAUGGUAUACCGAACGCCAAGAGGUGAUAAUGAUCAACGUAAGUCCUCCAAAAAGCCCGGGAAUGCAUGA